AUGGCAACCCGCCCUUUGGCCGACAUGGCAGCCCGCCGCCCCUCGGCCGACCUGGCCAGCAGCGUCUAUCUCAUCGCGUCCGACGGCAGGACCCGGAGCCUCCCGAUCCCCAGCGAUUCUCCCAAUGAUCCCCUUAACUGGAGCCGCUGCACCCGCAUCAUGCUGCUCGUAUCGUUGGCCGUCCUGGCCGGCGUUGGCGUCACGCAGCUCAACGCGCCCCCGAUUAUGCGCCACGCCCUAGCCCUUGAGUUUGGCGAGGACCGCCUAGCGGGGUUUGACAUGGCCACCACCACGCCCGACGUUAUGUUUGGCGUUGGCGUUAUUGUUUGGACGCCGCUGUGCAUCGGGCUGGGUAGACGCCCGGUCUUGCUGCUGAGCGCUAGCAUUCUUCUGUUCGCGCUAGCCGCCGCGGGGCUAGCCCCAUCGCUAGAGGUGCUAAUUGCCGCCAUUGGCUUUCAGGGGCUGGCGUGUGGGGGAGUGCCGACUGCUGGCAUCCUAAUGGUUAUCGACAUCACCUACAUUCACCAACGCCCCCUGUGCAUCGCGGUGCUGUGGUCCGUCGGCCGGGGCAUCACCUUUAUCAUCCUGGCUCUCAUGCCCACGGCGCUCCCUAUCGAGACCCGCUGGCGGUCGUUUUAUCUGAUCGGCACCGCCGUCUGCUGCGUCGCCUUGGUGCUGGUGUUUUUCUUUUGCCCCGAGACGUACUUUCUGCGGCCGCCCGUCGUGUUUGACGGCCGCGUGCUGGUGCAGAGCGGGUCGGAAAAGGUGCGGAUAUACGACUUGUCUGAGGGACAGAGUGAGAGCGGAAAAAGCGGACAGAGCGGACAGAGCGGCAGUGUGGGACAGACUGCGGAACAAACCGGACGAGACAGCCCCUACUACAUUGACCAUAGCGAGCUGUUCAAAGACCAGAACCGUGGCCGCCCCAAAACCAUAGACGAGCGGCGCGGCGGCAAGGACCGCAAGGAUCUCGAGGCCUACCUCGACCAACACAAACACCAGAUCGAAACCCUCAACCGCGACGUCAAGCGCAAGGAUGUUGAGGCCUACAUGAAAAGCAAAGGCACCCCCAGGCACCUCACCCUCCGCCGCGCCGCCUGUGCAGACUGGCGCGGCGCAUGGAUGUGCCUCCCACAAAUGCUGCUUUGCAUCGCAAAUCCCCUCAUCUUUUGGGUCGCCCUCCAUAAAGGCGUGCUCGUGCUCGGCACCGUCGUCAUCCGCAGCCAGGUCCCCCGCGCCCUGCACCGGCCGCCCUACAGCAUGUCGUCGCCGGAUGUCGGGCUGAUGGACCUUUCCGCCGCCCUGGGGUGCUUCGCCGCGCUUCCAAUCACCUACGCCAUCACCGCCUCCACCGUCGGCACCUUGACCCGCCGCAACGCCGGCGUCCGCAAGGCCACCUACUAUCUGCCCGGCUUCAUCCUGCCCGUCCUGUGCGGCGCCCUGGCCAACGUGCUGUUUGGGCUAACGGCUGUACCUCCCGGCGGCGACGGCUAUGUGGACUGGGUCCACCACUGGGCCUUUGUGGCAGUGGCGUGGGUGUUGGCCCAGGUUGCAUUCACAGGUGAGGCCGUGGUGUCGACCCUGUGGGUGACGGAAGCCUUUCCACAGUGGGCGGCCGGGGCGCUGGCGGCCGUCAACGGGCUCAGCUUCACGUUUAGCUGUCUGCUGGGUUUCAGCGCUCCCCAGUGGCUGGCUAGUCAGGGGCACCUCCGCAUGAACGUUGAGAUUGCGGCCGCCAUCCUGGUAGCUGGGGGCAUGGGCAUUCCCCUUGCAUUCUGGGGCAAGGGACUGCGACAGUAUCUGCCUGGACGGUGUGCCGUGUUUGAGGGGGGUGCACUGCGGCCGCAAUAG